AUGUGUUUGUAUCACAUGACUACCACGAUGGCGUCUGUUAAAAUUGUUUUCUUCUCAGCGUUUGUAUUGGACUUUGUCGUAGGCGAUUUUAAUAAAGUCACCAGUCCCUGUUACAAACCUAUGAAGGAUGAAAGACCCGCGUUUGUUAAGACCUACUACAGACCGCAUGAAUACCUGAACGUCUCUGAGCUGCCGUCCGCGUGGGACUGGCGGAACGUGGAUGGCCGAAACUACGUCAGCGCCACGCGCAACCAGCACAUCCCGCAAUACUGCGGCUCGUGUUGGGCCAUGGGGGCCACCAGUGCUCUAGCAGACCGCAUCAACAUCAAGAGAAAAGGCGCAUGGCCGUCAGCGUACCUGUCUGUUCAGAAUGUGAUUGACUGUGGAAAGGCUGGGUCUUGCUUCGGAGGAGACCAUUUGAUGGUGUAUGCCUAUGCACACAGAUUUGGCAUUCCCGAUGAAACGUGCAACAACUAUCAGGCUAGAAACCAAGCUUGCAAGCCCUUCAAUCAGUGUGGGACCUGCUCAUUCUUUGGGUCCUGCAGUGUGGUAAAGAAUUACACCCUGUGGAGAGUGGGAGACUAUGGAGAGGUGUCAGGGCUUGAGAAAAUGAAGGCAGAGAUUUACGCCAAUGGGCCCAUAAGCUGUGGCAUCAUGGCCACCGAGGGCCUGGAGUCCUACGGCGGUGGAGUGUUUGCGGAGUUCCACCCGCUGCCCCUCAUGAACCACAUCGUGUCCGUGGCUGGGUGGGGCGUGGCGGAGGAUGGGACCGAGUACUGGAUCGUGAGGAACUCCUGGGGGCAGCCGUGGGGAGAAGAUGGGUGGGCGAGAAUCGUCACCAGUACAUAUAAAGAUGGAAAAGGUAACUGGUACAACCUGGCCAUAGAGAAAAGCUGUGCAUAUGGUGACCCCAUUGUGCCAUAGAAUGGUACAGCCCACUUCCUCCUGGAUGGUAUAAUCUGCCUCCUGUCACUGACUUCCCGAACCAGUGAAGAGAGCUUGAAUGGAAACAGGAGCAGGGUAAAUAUUGGAAGGUGGAGGACAAGGCAGCAAUGCAGAAAUUCUUGCUAUGGACAUUUGUCUUUUAGCGGAUGAGUUAUGGUUGGGGCAGAGAAUAUUAUCAGUGUGGAGUGAUUGUAUAAUAUUAUUAGUGUGGAACAACAAGAGCACAUCUGCAUAUAGCAUACCAAGUUGGCUGGCUCAUGCUGGGCCAACAACAUGCUGCACUAUUUCAAUCAAAUUCUGCUUUUAAAUUACAGAUAGGUUUUACGAUUGCUGUUCUAUGGAAGGCACAAUCAAAAUGGUGGAGUGGUGUAGUCAGCAUGACAAGUGGCAGAAAAAUACAAACCAUACAUAGAAGCGGUAGAAAUUAUCCAGCAUUCACCAGGGCCCCCCUCCUCUUCUCUGUAUGGUCUGAUCUGUCCGAGGGAAAACACUGAAACAAACUUGGCCUCGAUCUUUACACAGUGUGUGCAGGAUCGCUUGUCCUGGAACACUUUUCUACUGUGUCAGUGAGGAAAUGCUUUCCAGUAGCAAUGAAUGAAAGCAUGGAAGUCCACUGAAGUUACAGCACUUUAGGUGGUUGGGAUGCCUGUAAUGUUCUUAACAGAGCAAUAUUGCACAAAAUGAGUGUGUGUGUCUGAACAAUCGGAUGAUAUUAGCGAUCAAAUCAUCAUUGUUAUUUUCUUGCGUUCUUUACUAGUAAAGUUCACUGAUUUUUAUUUUUGGUCAUGAAGAGGAUAUAUCACUCAUCUCCGAAGCAGCUGUUAGUGUAGAUUUUAAGUAUCUUGCACUGAAUAAAAUGCCUAAAUUGAAAGGCUCGCCUAAGGCUUUUUGGAAGAUGCCAGCACAUUAAACAUUCUGAAAUGAUAGCAGGGAACAAUCAGAACUGUUACAACUGUCUGAAUUUAGACCCAAACAUUGUAUUUUUGCAGCCUAAAAUGUUUCAUGUUCCUGAAAAUGAGUAGUAUUACUAAUACCGCUUUGAACUAUCAAAACGUGCCACAUUGUGUCUUGAAACAGUAGUCAUAUCACAAAUGUUUGCUUUAGGAGGACUGAGCCUUGUUUGUGGCCCCUGAAUGAUUAGUGAACACAGUACUUAUGGAUAUAAGUAAUAUUAUAGUUGUAGAGGUAGAACUAUACUAGUACUAGUAGCAGUGCUGGGGAGAUGUAUUAGUAUAAGGAAUACAAGGAUACAAGGAAAAAUGAAACAAAAUGCCCCUCCUCCCAUCUAGUCCCCUCCCACAGCUGGAAGUACUACAACCUCCACUACUAUAGUAGUAGUACAGUUCUACCUCUAUCUCUAAAAUUUGGUUCAAGUUAGUUAAAUCUUAAACAUUUCACAA